ACAUGUGUUGUUGACAGUUCACGACUGUCAAAUUUCACAAUAACGGAGCAAAUGUUUUUAUAUUUUGUGUGAUUUAAUCAAUUCGUAAUAUAGUUUUCUAAUCGUACCGUCUUCAGAAGCGGAUGAUUUAACGCAUCGUGUAGUAUAUUAGAAAAGAAAACUAGCCAAAAAUUGGUGUAAUAAUUUGUCAUUGGAUUCCUGAGAACGCAGGUAUAUUGACAGUGCAGCAAAAUGUUGUAUACGUUCAAGGAUACCCUUGGUCGUGAGUAUUCGGUCGAUAUGGACGAUAAGCGAUUCCGGAUAAAACCUUAUCAGCAAAUGCUUUCAUCAUGUACCGGUGCACUAUUGACCUCGAUUUUAAUGACUCCCCUUGAUGUUGUGAAAACACGACUUCAAACCCAACAAAAGCGGAUGGCAUCCAAUAGAUGCUACGUAUACUGCAACGGAUUAAUGGAUCAUCUAUGCCCUUGUCCGAAUGGAACAUUGAAAUCGUUAAAGACACAAUCAACACACUACAACGGCAUGAUUGAUGCAUUCUACAAAAUUAGUAGAUAUGAAGGCGCACGAUCGUUGUGGUCUGGCUUGAGCCCGACCUUGGUAUUAGCUCUUCCGGCAACGAUUUGCUACUUUGUAUCAUACGAAGGCACGCGGAUUUACAUGAAAGAUUUUUACCUUAAAUUAAACCCUGGUCAAACCGAACAACCAUUUUCCAUACCGUUAUUGGCCGGAAUGGCAGCACGUGUGUUCUCGGUGUCUGUAGUUAGUCCAUUAGAGCUGAUUCGAACGAAAAUGCAAUCGCAGAAGCUCAGCUAUUAUGAGGUUGGAAAAGCCCUUAAAGCAACAAUCCAAACAGAGGGUAUAUUUGGGCUUUGGCGAGGAUUGGGACCGACUGUUUUCCGCGAUGUUCCAUUCUCUGGCGUUUACUGGGCGAUCUAUGAGUCACUCAAAGUCCAUCAUGAUGUUACAGUGCCGACAUUUGGGUUCAGCUUCUUUGGUGGUGCUAUUUCCGGCAGUAUUGCAGCAUUUUUGACGGCACCAUUUGACGUUGUUAAAACUCACAAACAAAUCGAAUUCGGCGAAAAAGUGCUAUAUGCCGAACAUCCGGUCAAGUCACUGCCGAAGGUGGGAACCAUAGCAAUUUUACGACGAAUAUUCGAACAACACGGUGUAAAAGGGAUAUUCGCUGGCGUUAUUCCUCGUGUUGUGAAAGUCGCACCAGCCUGUGCCAUCAUGAUCACUUCGUUCGAAUAUGGAAAGGCAUUCUUCUUCCGCCACAAUGUGGAUAUUUACAUUGAAAAGAAUGGAAGUGUCAGUUGAACCAAACCAAAUCCCUUAGACGAGUAACGAAAACAAUUGCGCACAAGACAAAGUGGCAGCAAUUAUACAGCAAGAUUGAAUGAUUUGGUAUGAAUGCGAAACGGUGUUGAGUGACUGAAAGAGAGGAAAAUCUAGACAUAUUUGUACAAAAAUCAAUUUGUUUUAAGAAUAAAAGAGAAGAAAACGUAUUGAAAUCACAUUAAA